AUGCCCCUAGCCAGGAAGCUCUUGAUUUUCGCUGCUGUUGAUGGGCUCGUGCUCCAGCCCCGCUCUCCUCCUCAUGCGCAGCAUCAGCAGGCUAUAAAGAUCGACUACAAGGGCAACAUAGGGCCAUUGCUUAGGAACAACGACAUCGAUGAUAUUACGGCAUCAUCUUUCGAGUCGCAUGGCGUUUUAGGAUUGCUCAAAGUAGCUACCUCAGUCUUCCUGAUAUCGAUAUGCGGCCGAGAACAAGUCGCACAAGUGCGCGGCAAGCCAAUCUACAAGAUCACAGACGUUACUCUCAUCCCUCUUGCGUCCCAGUCUGAGGCGGACAAAGCCAUAACAUCCACACGCGAACGCCUGCACCGACACAGCAAGACACGAGGAGUGGGGGAAGAUGAUACAGACAGCGAAAGCGAGGAUGAUGCCCCCAGUGUCACCGAUUCGCUCGUCGAAGACACGCCGCAUUCUCCUAUCGAGGUGAAAGAUCCGAUCACAGGCCAGAGAGGUCCCGCGGACAAGAGAUCCAGUGUCGCAGAAGAUGUCAUGCAGAAGAAGGGUGUGUAUGGAAGGUUUGCCAACAAGUGGUUCUCACGCACGGGCUGGAGCGCAGACAGCAGGCGAACUCAGGGUCUGAGCUCAGAGGAAGAUCUUGCUGCGAAGAAUGUCCCCAAGAACGUGGAUUCUACGGGCCCUACAGAAGAGGCGGACCCAUCGCAAUCACACGAGCUGCCGAGUGACGAGAGGACAACGCCAGACACAGUCAAGCCGGAAGAUAUACCAAAGGCUUUGGAAGGAGACAAAGACGCGACUACGAUAGCCCUGUUACCGCGCGUGCUUCAAACCACCAAGAUGUACUUCUCGUCCGGGAAUUUUUUCUACUCGUACGACUAUGACUUGUCACAUGGGAUUGCCGAUCAAUCAGUGAAUACCAACGUACCGUUAUUCAAGCAGUACGAUCCUUUGUUCUUCUGGAACCAGCACAUUAUUGCACCUUUUAUAGAAGCUGGGCAACAUUCCUUUGUUCUUCCCGUCAUCCAGGGGUUCGUCGGACAACGUCCAUUUACAAUUAAGAUCGCCGACGGCAAAUCAGACAGCUUAGUUAUAGAUUCGGACGCCACGCCAGACGAUAUACAAUUACAGUCGUGGCACGAGGAAGGAGCUGCACCAUCUGAGUCUUCCAAGGAAGAUAUGGCAGCGGACCUUGCAGAGGGAAAGGACUUUUUACUCACGCUAAUCUCUCGACGUUCAAUCAAGCGUGCUGGUCUGCGUUAUCUCCGCCGUGGAACGGACGACGAGGGGUGUACAGCAAACACCGUCGAGACUGAACAGAUGCUCUCUGUGCCAACUUGGAAUACGUCACAAGAUAAGAUUUACUCUUUCACACAACUUCGCGGCUCAAUUCCACUGUACUUCUCGCAAUCCCCAUACAGCCUGAAGCCACAAGUCAGCACAUGGGGCUCUUUCGAGACCAACGGGCAAGCAUUCAGGCGUCACUUUCAUGAUUUAGCCGCCCGCUACAGCGAGGUUUACGUCGCCUCGCUCAUAGACAAGCACGGCACAGAGGCUAAGAUUGGUGAACUGUACGAGCAGCAUGCCAAAAAUCUCAAUGAGCAUGGUGGCAUUGACGGCAAGGGAAAGCGACUCGGCUUUGAGUGGUUCGACUUUCACAACGUCUGCCGCGGCAUGCACUUUGAGAACGUCUCCAAGCUCAUGGACUCUCUUGCCCCAUAUCUCGACUCGACUGGUUGGACAGAAAUCUCCGACGAUUCGAUUGCACACAAACAAUCUGGCAUCCUACGCACGAACUGCAUGGAUUGUCUCGACCGCACUAACGUCGUACAGAGCGCGACUGCUCGUGGGGCCCUAGAACAGCAACUGUCAGUGGGCAACUACACUAUUGACUUACAAAACGAUCCCUCCACGUCCUGGUUCAAUACGCUUUGGGCCGACAAUGGCGAUAACAUCAGUCGUCAAUAUGCUGGCACUGCAGCGCUCAAAGGUGACUUUACUCGUACUCGCAAACGACAGAUCACCGGCGCACUUACGGACUUCGGUUUAACGUUGACGCGCUACUACAAUAACAUCGUCAAUGACUAUUUCGCACAAGCAGUCAUCGACUACCUUCUCGGCCGAGCAACAGACACUAUCUUCGCUGAAUUUGAAGCCGACAUGAAGUCUUCAGACUAUUUCGUUGACGUGCGCAAAGUCCGACAAGCAGCCAUUGAGCGUUGCGCUGCGCGGGUCAUCGAAGACGAAGACGAGGAUCUACUCCACGGUUGGACUCUCAGCGUGCCUACCUCCGCGAACCACGUCAAGACAAGCACGUUCGAAGAAGCGGUUCUCCUCCUUACUGGGAAAGCACUGUACUUCUGCCGAUUGGACUGGGGAACAGAGAAGGUUAGCGAAUUCGAGCACAUUGCGCUUGAAAACGUCCAGGGCUUGAUACGCGGCGUAUACAUCACCAGUACCCUUGCGCAGCGACACACGGAUGCCGAGAAAAACGUUGGGUUUGUAAUCAGGUUCAGGGCAGACGCAGAGAGUGAGCUCAUUAGGCGAAAUACAAGAGCGCUGGACUCCGGCGCUGCAAACGAUGAGCAGAAGAGGGACGAAAAGAAAACAAAGUCCGAGGAAGGGAGGUUCCUAGCUUUCAAGGCUCUGCCGCCGCGCAGCAGUGUGCCAAGCGAAGGCGAGAAAGUAGAGAACGAGGUUGACGUCGUGAGAGAGAUUUGCGAGGAGGUAGUCAGAGUGGCUAACAAAGCGAAGAAAGUGGCACCGGGUCCCGAGACCGAUAGUAGCGCUUCUGAAGGCCGAGUUCUACAGAUCGAGGAGAAGGAUAUCAUCAGUCUUGCAGAUGCGAAAAAGAGUACGGGUUACCUGGAGCAGAUCGGGUACUCGCUGAAGAAGCUUGUUUGGUAG